CGUCUCGAUUAUUUUGUGAUCUCCUAUGACAAAAAGGAACACGAUUUAUGGACUGAGGCCCGGGGAAAUUUCCGGAACGACUUUCUGAAAAACAUUGCAGACCCAGAAAUGGGGAAGAUAACUAAAAUCGAUCCCUACUCUCGUGUGAUUGGAAUGUACAUGUACAAUGGCACCCUGGUAUCGAUAAAAUUAGAUUGUGGUGUUAAUUACCGGGGAACUCGACCAGAGAAAAAACCGCUUCGGCUGCAUGGGUUUGACACGAAACCUAUUAAUAUAAGAUUAAAGCAUCUUCUCGUCCGCGACAUGACCUUUUUAUAUUUUCGAGACAUACCCAUAUUGGCACUUCUUCACGAAGGUGGAGGUGGAGAUGUUUUUGUAAAGGCAUAUCCGUUGUAUGCAACGGAUAUUGGGAAUGAGUUUUGGUCUCUGGAAAAUCUGGACGAAACUACGCGAGUAAUAGAAGCUGUUCCAACCGGCGGUUUUUUAUUGAUCUCGUCUACAAAAGUUUCGUAUUACGAUGAAAAUCGAAAAUGUCGAUCAGUCGAGUUGCCUCAUGAAUCUGAUAAUACUGUAAUUGCGGCGAUCGACGAGGAUGGGUCACGAUACUUGAUCGGCGACAGUUAUGGAACACUUCAUCUGCUAGUAAUACCAGAUAAAAAACCCAUGUAUACAUAUAUUCUGGGGAAGAUCUCCGUGCCUAGGAGCAUUGUCUAUUUGGAUCACGCCUACGUUUUCGUCGGGUCACACUUUGGCGAUUCGCAAUUCAUAAAAUUACGUUCGGAACCGAACGAACAAGGAUUGUUUCUAGAUGUAAUUGAUAGCAUUACCAAUUUGGCACCAAUACACGAUUUUUGUGUGAUGAAAAUGGAACGACAAGAACAGAGUCAAGUUAUCACUUGUUCCGGAGGUAUCAGAGACGGUUCGUUAAGGAUUAUUCGUAAUGGCGUUGGUAUCACUGUGCAAGCGGAUGUUCAGAUGGCCGGAAUAACAGGUGUAUGGCCUUUACGUCCGUAUUACGGCGCUCAAUAUGACGAUACAUUGGUCGUAUCCUUUAUCGGUGAAACGCGUGUCCUAAGAAUGUUGGAAAAUUCCAAGAUUCAAGAGGUUUAUGAGUACACCGUCGGUUUUGAUAUGAACCAAGAAACCCUUGCAACGAAUAAUGUUAUAGGAAAUUUACUUGUGCAAGUUACUCGGACAUUUGUUAGACUAAUCGACUUGACCAGCAAAAAGAUAACCUCUGAAUGGAAUCCACCGGAUGAUAACAAAAUCACCGUUGCUGAUAUUAAUCCUACUCAAGUAUUGAUAGCAACGAAUGGUAUCGAAUUGAUUUAUUUUGAGUUCUUAGACGCUGAACUCGUAGAAGUUUCGAGGAAGAGAUUAUUUUUUGAGGUUUCGUGUAUAAACAUCCAUCCAUUGGACACCAUUGAUAAGGAGAAAUCAACAAUCGCAGCCAUAGGCCUUUGGAAUAUGAAAGGCUUGAAAAUAUUGAAUUUACCUUCGUUAACUGUUCUUACGGAUAUGGCAUUAGACAGUUUUUCAAUCGCGCGUUCCAUCCUACUGGAAACGUUUGAGAACAUUAAUUACCUUUUGGUAACAGUAGGCGACGGCCAAUUGUACCAUUUUACCAUAGAUCCAACUAGGGGACUAUUGUUAGAGCGAAAACGAUUCACAAUUGGAACCCAGCCAGUGAUGCUUGCACCAUUCAUUACCAAUGGAGUGAAAUAUGUCUUUGCUGCAUCGGAUAAACCAUCAAUAAUUUUUAGUGCCAAUAAGAAGUUAUUAUUUUCUAGCGUCAACACAAAGGUUUCCACGCCGAUUCAUAUUUGCUCGUUUCUAUUUCACCAUAGACCAUCGGCAGAUAUGACAGCCUCACUGGUUAUCAUUCACAGCGAAGGAUUAACGAUCGGGUGUAUCGAUGAGAUUCAAAAACUUCACAUAAGAUCUAUCCCACUUUAUGAGAUGCCACGGCGUAUACAACAUCAAGAGAGUACGCACACCAUCGGAAUUUUGACCAUUAGAGCGAUUUUGGAUGAAGCAACGAAUUCUGAAAAGCAUAUACCUUAUUUUAAGGUCAUGGAUGAUCAGACAUUUGAAUUUUAUGAUUAUUAUGCUUUACAACCAUACGAAACUGUAUUUUCUCUAUCUUCUGUGAAAUUUGAUAGUGAGGAUGAUGCCCCAGAGUACUACGUAGUUGGAACCGGUUAUCUAAGCAAUCAAGUUGACAAUAAUACGGACAGGGGACGAUUGUUGAUUUUUAUCGUGGAAAAAACAGAAAUGAACCUUAACAUUCGUUUGGUUUAUCAAAAAGAAAUGACAGGCACCGUUUAUUCAGCCUUACCCUUUGAUGAAAAAUUAUUGAUCGGCGUUAAUGGAAAGGUCGCUGUCUAUGAAUUAAAAACCCUGGAAGAUGGGGGUCAUGAACUGAUCAGGGUUUGUGAAUAUGCAGGGUUCACGUUAGCCGUACAAGUUGUCACGCGAGGUCACUUUGUUUUGGUUGGCGAUAUUCUGCGAUCCAUUGUUGUAUUGGCAUAUAAAGAUAAGGAGAAUGGCUCUGGAAAAACCCUCGAAUUCGUUGCUCAAGAUCCUUACAACCGAUGGGCUGAGGCCAUCGAGGCUAUCAGUGAUGAUGAGUUUAUAUGUAGCGAAUCAAGCUUUAAUUCUAUUCUCGCGCUACGCAGAAAUGUUAAGACUGAAGAUUUAUUGAAAAAGGAGAAAUUAGAGCUAACCGGUUCUUAUAAUUUGGGUGAUUCGAUCAAUCGAUUUAGACAUGGUUCUUUGGCGGCGAACAAUCACGAAACCUUGCCGGAUGUUACUUCGGAAUUGUUGUAUGUUACAUCUUCAGGUGCUAUCGGUGUGAUUGCGUCCAUAAGCCCUCAAAAGUAUAGUACACUGUUGAAGCUGGUAGAAGCAAUGGACUUUGUUCUCGGCGAUUACGGAGACAUAAAACGACAAUCUUGGCGAUGUGUUUUAAAUUCACGAAAUGAAAUUAUGAAUACUAACAGGUUUAUUGAUGGUGAUCAUAUUGAAUCUUUACUCGAACAAAAGCCAGAGGACAUUAAAAAAAUUGCUAACCGUUGUAAAAUGAAUAUUGAUGACAUGAUGAAGUUGGUGGAAGAAUUGACGAGAAUACAUUAG